AUGGAUAAAUUGUGUCUGUACUGCAAUGCCCUCAAAUUUGCGAAUGAGUCACCUGGAAUGUGUUGCGUAGGUGGCAAAGUGAAAUUACCGGAGUUGUCUCCACCCCCCGAUCCGCUAUCAUCGUUAGUAUCAGGCACUACAACAAAAUCGAAACUUUUCUUACAAAACAUUCGCAAGUACAAUUCCUGUUUCCAAAUGACCUCCUUCGGGGCAGACAAAAUUGAGCGCGGAAAUUUCAUGCCAACGUUCAAAAUACAAGGUCAAAUUUACCACCAGGCAGGAUCACUAUUACCAAUGCCGGAUACAGAGCACAAGUUUCUUCAAAUUUAUUUCAUGGGAAACAUGGAGAACCAAACAAACCUACGAUGUCGUUACAUUACAACUACGGAUAGAGAAAUCGUUGCCGAACUAGGAAUUUUUUUCCAAAGCCAUAAUGAAUUGGUAAAGCUGUUCAAAACUGCUCUCGAUCAGAUGCCAACAGAUGAUUAUGUUGUUGUGAUUAGAGCCGACAAAACACCAGUUGGACAACAUGAACGACAAUACAACGCACCAACAAUCGACGAAGUUGCGAUCGUCGUAGUUGGGGAGGGAUUUGAGAAGCGCGAUAUCGUCUUACACCGUAGAAGAGGAGACAUACAGUUCAUCUCGGAGACUCAUCGAUGUUACGACGGAUUACAAUAUCCAAUCCUGUUCUGGCAGGGUGAAGAUGGUUACCACUUCAACAUUAAAAUGGUAAAUCCAACUACUGGCCAGGAAACAAACAAAAAAGUCAGCGCCAUGAAUUAUUACGCGUAUCGACUGAUGAUUCGCCAAAAUACUGAUAACCACCUGUUGAAAUGCCGUGCACUGUUACAUCAGUACGUUGUUGAUAUGUACGCAAAAAUUGAAUCUGAAAGGCUUCUCUACAUCAGACUUAACCAAAGCAAGCUGCGCUCGGAAGAAUAUAUUCAUUUACGUGAUGCGAUCAACAAUGAUUCUAAUAUCGACCCCAAUCAGUUGGGAAAGGCGUUCAUACUACCAGCAACUUUCACCGGAAGUCCACGGCAUAUGCAUGAGUACGCGCAGGAUGCCAUGACAUAUGUCCGUGCAUAUGGUCGACCUGAUUUAUUUGUCACCUUCACUUGCAAUCCAAGUUGGAUCGAGAUAAAAGGACUUUUAAUCGCCGGUCAGUCACCAAGAGAUCGUCACGACAUCACUGCGCGUGUAUUCAGACAGAAGCUCAAAAUGCUCAUGAACUACAUCGUUAAACAUCACGUGUUCGGAGAAACACGUUGCUGGAUGUAUUCUGUUGAGUGGCAGAAAAGAGGAUUGCCACACGCGCACAUCUUGAUCUGGCUUAUGGAUAAAAUUACACCAGAUCAAAUCGAUCAAGUUAUCUCAGCAGAAAUUCCAGACAGAGAGCUUGACCCAGACCUGUUUGAUGUUGUUAUUAAUAACAUGGUUCAUGGUCCGUGUGGUACACUGAACAUGAAUUCACCAUGUAUGGCAGACGGAAGAUGCACAAAAAGAUUCCCGAAACCCUUCGUUGUGGAAACAAUCAGUGGCAAUGACGGUUAUCCAUUGUAUCGUCGUCGAUCACCGGAAGAUGGUGGCCGAUCUGCCACAGUCAAGGACAGAAUUGACAUUGAUAAUCGUUGGAUCGUGCCUUACUCACCGUUGCUUUCAAAAACGUUCAGAGCUCAUAUUAAUGUUGAAUUCUGCAAUUCGGUGAAAUCCAUAAAAUACAUCACGAAAUACGUAAACAAGGGGAGCGAUAUGGCUGUAUUUGAGGUGAGGAAUCCAUCUGGACCUUCUGACGAAAUCGAGCAAUACCAGCUGGGACGCUACAUCAGCAGCAAUGAAGCGGUAUGGCGCAUUUUAUCUUUCCCGAUCCAUGAACGACAUCCUACGGUUACCCACUUAGCUGUGCACUUGGAGAAUGGGCAACGUGUGUAUUUUACUGCAAAUACUGCCCGAGAACGAGCGUUAUCCCCACCUCCAACAACAUUGACUGCCUUCUUCUUAUUAUGUCAGGAAGAUACUUUUGCGAAAACACUGCUUUACUCGGAGGUGCCAAGAUAUUACACGUGGAAUGCGUCAAUGAAAAAGUUCCAGCGUCGCAAGCAAGGCAAAGCAGUAGACGGGCAUUCAAAUUUAUAUGCAACCGAUGCACUAGGUCGUGUGUAUACUGUGCACCCCGGAAACUCGGAAUGUUUUUAUCUACGGCUGUUAUUAAUAAACGUCCGAGGACCGACAAGCUUCAACGAUUUAAAAACAGUAAACGGCCAAAUAUGUGCGACUUUUCGCGAAGCAUGUCAAAAAUUGAAUCUGCUAGAAAACGAUGCUCAUUGGGACAUUGCACUCUCUGACGCCGCAAAUACAGCUCGACCGCAGCAAAUUCGUACGUUGUUCGCGAUCAUAUUGACGACCUGCUCUCCGUCCAAUCCUGAGGAGCUCUGGGAAAAUCACAAAGACGCCAUGAGUGAUGACAUCUUGCAUCGUGUAAGAUCAGCAAAUCAAAAUCAAGAGAUUCCAUUUGACCAAAACAUCUACAACGAGGCAUUGAUUGCGAUUGAGGAUGCAUGUUUGAAUAUCGCUAACAAAUUACUGCCUCAGGUCGGUAUGCCAGCACCGGAUCGAGAUUCAAAUAACAUUCUCGAUCGUGAUCUGAGGCAGGAAACAGUUUAUGAUACGGAGGAGUUGGCAUCAUUUGUUGAGACAAAUAUUCGUAACUUGAACGCAGAGCAGCGCGCUGUAUAUGACACUAUAAUGAGUGCAAUUUCGGAGCGGAGUGGAGGUUUCUAUUUUCUCGAUGCGCCCGGUGGUACCGGCAAGACUUUCUUGAUUUCACUGAUUCUGGCAACGUUGCGAGCAGAACACAAAAUUGCGCUUGCGAUCGCCUCGACUGGCAUUGCUGCAACUCUACUCGCUGGAGGCAGAACUGCACAUUCUGCAUUAAAACUACCGCUCAAUCUGCAGAUCAACGAAGCACCAACUUGCAACAUAAGUAAAAGCUCGGGUAUGGGAAACAUACUACGUACAUGCAAGAUCAUCAUAUGGGACGAAUGUACCAUGACACACAGAAAAGCUCUAGAAGCGCUGAAUAGGACUCUUAAAGACUUCCGAGGGAACAACGAGCUUUUCGGUGGCGCUCUAAUUUUGUUGUCUGGCGAUUUCCGUCAAACUUUGCCAGUGAUCCCACGAGCAACGCCUGCGGAUGAGUUGCACGCCUGCUUGAAGUCUUCAGUGCUAUGGCCGUAUGUUCAGAAACUAAGCUUGAGAACCAAUAUGCGAGUACAGUUAAUGAAUGAUGCUUCUGCUGGAAAAUUUGCGAAACAACUUCUAGACAUCGGAAAUGGAAAAAUGCCCAUCGACGAAACAACCAAAUGUAUUACAUUUCCGACGGAUUUCUGUGAAAUUGUAGCCACAAAAGACCAGCUUAUAUCGAAGGUGUUUCCAAAUAUCGCGCAUAACCACAAAAAUCACCAGUGGCUGAGCGUACGAGCUAUCCUGGCACCAAAAAACCAGGAUGUUAACAUAAUCAAUUACGGUAUUCAGGAUGUGUUAGAAGGAAGUGAAAGAAUCUAUAAAUCAAUAGAUACAGUAACGAAUACGGAGGAAGUUGUGAACUAUCCGACAGAAUUCCUCCACUCACUUGAUUUGCCCGGUUUACCGCCACAUGUUCUGAAAUUGAAAGUUGGCGUUCCAAUCAUACUUUUACGGAACAUAAAUCCCCCGCGGCUUUGCAACGGCACUCGGCUCGCUGUGAAAAGGAUGAUGGAUAACAUCAUUGAGGCAACCAUUUUAAAUGGCAACUACAAAGGAGAGGAUGUUCUACUACCACGCAUUCCAAUGAUCCCAACAGACCUGCCAUUUGAUUUUAAGCGGCUGCAGUUUCCGAUACGACUGGCCUUUGCCAUGACGAUAAACAAGGCUCAGGGGCAGUCACUUGAAGUUUGCGGAUUGGAUCUCGAACGACCAUGUUUUUCCCAUGGACAACUCUAUGUCGCUUGCUCCCGCGUAGGAAAUCCGAAGAACUUAUUUGUUUAUGCGCCAGAUGGAAAAACAAGAAAUAUAACAUAUCCCACUGCCCUACAGUGA